UGAGGAGCGGGUGUGAUUCAGUACAUCUGUUAUCGGAGUAAGAGUUACAGAUUACUGUAUAUUGCUAAAAAUACGCUCUGAACAGGACGGGUUUCAACUUAGUGAUGGUGUGCGCUUUCCUUAUUGUCGCUGUGAGAAGAAAUGUCAAAAGUUGUUUCUCGAGCCGGAUUAACCCUCAGAAAGGAAGGAACGCGAGGGGAAUUUCACAACCAGGGGAUCUGUUAACAUGGCUUCAACAAUUGACUUCAGAACCCACGUCGAUCAAUUGUGCAGAUACUCAGAGGAGUUUGUCAAUAUUUACUACGACUGCAUGGAUAAGAAACGGAGAAACCUGACGAGGCUCUAUCUGGAUAAAGCAACACUGGUGUGGAACGGCAAUGCAGUUUCUGGUCAGGAUGCCCUGGGAGAGUUUUUCGAGUCUCUUCCUUCAAGUGAAUUUCAAGUACAUACACUAGACUGUCAGCCUGUACAUGAACAAGCAACUCAAGGCCAGACAACGUUAUUGGUGGUUACUGCUGGGUCAGUCAAGUUUGAUGGAAACAAGCAGAGAUAUUUCAACCAGAAUUUCUUGUUAACCGCUCAGCCGUCCCCACACAGUGACCAACCUGUCUGGAAGAUUGCAAGUGACUGUUUUCGCUUCCAAGACUGGGCAAACUGAACAAUUCUCCCUACUUUCCAUGAUCCAUUUGGAUAAUUGUCCAGGAUUUCCACCACAAGCCACUGAGGAAGGCCAAAUGACUGUUUUUGUUCUUCCUCCAAAGUUGGCAGAAAUGAGUGCUUCAUGCUCUUAAGCAUGCUGUAAAUAAUUUUUGUUACAAAACCAAAAAAGGACAAUUUGCAACUUGAGUAGAAAACAUUUUAAUUAUCACAACAUAUUACAUAUAGUAUGUGAUCCACAAAACUGAAUAAAUAAAAGCAUCAUGAAACAUUCUGCAAGCAAACAGUUUCUCAAGUGUUCACAUUUGACAAGAGUCCAUUAUGACUUGGGUUGGGAACCUGAGGAUUAACAAAAAUAUUACAUUUUUUUUAGACCAUAUAUUUUCCUGUCAGGAGAACUUUAAUCCCAAUCCAAUUCAAAUGCCAAACCUUUGUUGAUUCAA